AAAAAUGCAGAACAAGUGUUUUGUUCUAUUCUUAAGCCAAAACAGAAACGGAUGAACAGCCAAGUAAGCUAAAUUAUCUUUUUUCUGUUUCUCUCCCGUGUAGAACCCCAUAUCCACCGGCGCCUUCUCACUCUCUAUCGUCCAGCUCCGGCAGCCCAUUUUGUGUGUAGCCAUUUUUAUUUUGCUGACUUCUCACCAGCCACAUACAGUUGGAAACUCUAAUUAUUCCUAUGUCGGCGAUGGAGCCCCCGGGCAUCGGGGGCGGACAAAACAUUUCAAUUCCCCAUGGGGGUCCCAUCUAUAGCCCUCAUAUGCUGGGUCGCCUCACUAGGGUUUCUGAGUUUGAGAGCUCUGUAGUUGAACAACUUCAGAAUCUCAAGGCAGAGAUUGGUUGGGACUCGCUCGACAUAUCUGAUGAUGAAAUUUGCGUUAAUGAUCUUAAAAUAAUUAAGGAGGAGGAUUUGGUAAAUCGGGCUUUUGAGGAAGCAUUAAAGUGGAUAAUGAUAGGAUGCGCAGCUGAAAGAGAAUAUUGCACAAAAAUCCCAGGAGCAAUCGUGUCAAAGAUACUACCUCUUUAUGUAUUUAGCCUCCUUAGGCUUGUAUGGGAACCAGAUGAUGGCAAUGCAUGUGCUAUUCUAACUCUUUAUGUUACUAGGUUGGAGGGAGGAAAGGAUACUUUAGUUACUUGUGGCUCCUCAACUGGUGCUCCCAGAGAUGUCAAAAAGACAGUAUCAAAUGAUAAUGUGUCGGAAAAGAGAGAGAGGAAGAGGCGUGUGAAUCGGGAAACAGUUAAUCUUGAAGAAGGGUAUGUUGCAAAGGUGAGAGAACUCGCAAAAAUUAAACAAAAACAAGAUGAAGAUAAAACAGCGGCAAGAUUGCAUUCAUUCAAUAGUAGUUGCAGAAAUCAAUCUGCUGCUAGUUCCCAGAUAAAGAAUGACAAGUUGACGUCACUCAAGUCAACAAGUUUUUCACCUAAGGUGAGAUCAUCCAAGACUCCUGAGCAAGUUCCAGUUCAUUUUCCUGAAGUCAUUCUCUGCCUUGAGGUUUACCAUAACAGACGAACAUGGUCUAAGACACAAGAAUUUUUGGUUCUUGGGCGACAGUUUUUGACUGAAGUGAGGGACAUGAUAUAUUGUUUGACCGAUGAGAUCAUGAAAAAGGCUGGCAAGCAUGAUGCAUCUGGAUACUUCCUGGUAGAAGAUGUGUUUUGCAAUGACACGAGGGAUCCUUAUGCUAUAGAUUACUGUCAGCCCAUUUUUAAGUGGCUAGAACACUCUAGGAAUGUUGCACUUGAAAAAUGGGAGUUCAUUGUAGCUGGUGAACAACAGCAGCACCAGAAGCGAAAGGCAUUUCUAGACAGCAACGAAAAACUACAGUUACCACACUUCAAAGUUGUUGACAUGCAAAAAACUCGCUUUUGUGACCUUGGAUUUCGACUGGGUGCUGGAUAUCUCUAUUGUCACCAGGGGGAUUGCAAACACCUAAUUGUCAUCAGAGACAUGAGGCUGAUCCACCCAGAGGAUGUACAGAACCGAGCUGCUUAUCCACUGAUAACCUUUCAAUCUAAAGUACGUUUUAGGAAAUGCUCUGUUUGCAACAUUUAUAAGGCGACUAAGGUUACAGUUGAUGACAAAUGGGCACAGGAGAAUCCUUGCUAUUUCUGUGAGCUUUGCUAUUACAUGCUUCACUAUGCAGAUGGCUCUCUGUUGUAUAGUGACUUCUCUGUAUAUGAUUAUCUUCAUGAAUAGUCAAACAUAACUAUGGUUAGAGUUUGCCGAGUAUUCAAUGUGUACUUUGGUUAGUUUUUA